UGUUGUCAUAGCGACGAACUGAGUGGGUGCGACUCGGCCACUUUCACACAGAACGCUGCUGUAGAUCGGUUGCCUCUGAGUUCCUGGUGUUAGUGCAGCUGUGACGCAGAGAUGGCGCAGUGUACGGACCCGAUCGAGCGGCUGCGGCUGCAGUGCCUGGCCCGGGGGGCGGCCGGAAUAAAGGGCCUCGGACGGGCUUUCCGGAUAAUGGACGAUGAUGGCAGCAGAUCCCUGGAUCUGAUGGAGUUCAUGAAGGGGAUGGGGGAUUACGGCAUCCGGGUGGACAGAGACGAGGCCCUGCAGGUAUUCAGCCGGCUGGAUAAAGACGGGGGCGGCUCCAUCGACUUCAGCGAGUUCCUGGAAGCUUUGCGGCCUCCCAUGUCUGCUGCCCGGAGAGAGGUGAUCGCCGAGGCGUUUCGGAAGCUGGACCGGAGUGGGGACGGGGUGGUGACAGUGCAGGACCUGGAGGGCGUGUAUAACGGGAGGGAGCACCCCAAAUUCCGCAGCGGAGAGUGGACGGAGGAGCAGGUGUUCAGGACGUUCCUCAACAGCUUCGACUCCCCAUACGAGAAGGAUGGAAAGGUGACCCUGGAGGAGUUCCUAAACUACUACAGUGGUGUGAGUGCCUCCAUUGACAGAGACGACCACUUUGUGACCAUGAUGAAAAACGCCUGGAAGCUGUAGGCUGCGGCUUCGGUGUGCAGGAGGCAGCACCUCUACAGAUCACACCUGCAGGACUUUCUGCUGUGCACCACAGACAACUUAAGACUGUCACUCUUACAAUGAUGUUUAAUAAUAAAACCAUCACUAAUA